AUGGUGUCCAUAUUUGUAUCCAUAUCCUACUCCCCUCCCCACCUACCUGUCCACUUUGUUGCCCCAGGGGUCUCUGCCAACUCUGGGGCACUGGCCUCCCAUCCCCUGGGCCCCUUCUGGAACCUUCGCCUGGAGGACAGUGCUUUGUGGAACCAGCUUCAGCAUCUCUGGGACCGGCGCCAUAACCCCAUUUUGAGGGGCAACUCAACUGCAGGUAUGAUCACAAGGAUUAGCACUCAGCCACCAGAGAUGGAGGUCUCCUCAGACUGUGGCCCAGACAAGUGCUGGCUGCCUCACCUACCUGACUUCAAUACCCUGCCAGAGCAGAUGAGGGCAUUCGUCCAGUCCAUGCAUUGCAGGGUGUACCCCUUCCUCAUGAACCAGCCCAGAGUGUGUGCUGGCAAUGAAAGCACUGGGCCGGAGCUACCUAUGCUGCUAAUGGCCAUCAAAUCCCAGGUGGGUAACUUUGAGAACAGGCAGGCUAUCCGGGAAACAUGGGGGAGAAGUGGCUGGGUGAAGGGGGAGCUCGGGGGGAGAGGUGGGCUGGUGCGCACAGUCUUUCUGCUGGGUAGACAGGACUCGACAACGGGCCCUCACCCAGACCUUGGGGGCCUCCUGAUGCUGGAGAGCCAGCAGUAUGGGGACAUCCUGCAGUGGGACUUCAGGGACACUUUCUUUAACCUGACCCUGAAAGAUCUGCUUUUCUGGCAUUGGCUUCAGAACCACUGUCCAGGGGCACAGUUUGUCUUCAAGGGUGAUGAUGAUGUUUUUGUUAGGACAAGUUCUCUCCUGGACUACCUGCAUAAACAGAGGGAGGAGAACGGCAUGUGGAGCGCAGAUAGGAACAAAACUGAGAAGAUAAAGGAUUUAUUUGUGGGGGAUGUAAUUCAGAAUGCAAUGCCAAACCGACAGCCAACCACCAAAUACUAUAUCUCAGAGAGUUUUUACAAAGGUGCAUACCCACCAUAUGCUGGUGGAGGAGGGGUGGUGUACUCUGGUGCACUUGCUAUGCGUCUGAGACAAGUGUCAGAGAGGGUGCAUCUGUUCCCCAUCGAUGAUGUGUAUCUGGGCAUGUGCCUCCACAGACUUGGGGUGGCCCCCAUCCAUCACCCUGGAUUUUAUACCUUUGAUCUCCCAGAAACAGAGAGAGAGAAGCCUUGUUCUUACAGCUCUGUGCUACUGGUUCAUAAGCGAAACCCUAAAGAGAUGCUCACACUAUGGAGGCGGCUGCAGAGUCCACCCUCACCAUGCUGA